UAUUUUGGCAUUUGAAAUGGAAAUAAUACUCUUGAAUCUAGAUUUUGGAGCUGAUUUAUAAAUAUAUAUAACGUAAACAUGUCAUUUGAGCCAAGCAUAGAUUCAGAAAUUUUAGAAUUGAAAGGAGAAGUGGAAAGUGUAGUAGAAGAAAUGAAUGUAAAUGAAGAGGUUUCAGCCAGCUCUGUCACAGACACACUCCUUGAGCCAAUAAUUGUGAAUGACCCUGCUAAUGAGCAUAAUAUAGAAGAUACUAAUGAUAGAAAUGUAGAGGAUACUAAUGAUAAAAAUGUAGAGGAUACCAAUGAUAAAGAUGUAGAAGGUACAAACAAUAAAAAUGUAGAGGAUACCAAUGAUAAAGAUUUAGAAGAUACAAAUGAUAAAAAUGUAGAGGAUACCAAUGAUAAUAAUCCAAAAGAUAAUGACGAUAAUGCUAUGGAGAAUACCGAUGAUAGUUAUCUAGAAGCCAUUGAAGCUUCUCCCACAACUGUACCCACUGUUGUUGGUCUUGGAAUAAGAAGCGAUCACACCUAUAAUAGUAGUGCUACAUUUGAAGAAAUAGAUCUUGGGGAUGGAUGGAGGAAACGUUUGAUACAGAGAUUUGGUAUCAAAUCAAGUGGAAAAUAUGAUGUUAUCAUCUUCAGUCCAGAAGGAAGAAAGUUUCGAACACGUAUGGAACUGGCAGCAUAUUGUGAUGAACAUGAUAUUGAUGUAGAUUUAAGCAUAUUUAAUGUUAAAGCAGGAGAAAUACCUAGUCAACAAGAUGAAGAAUUAGUGGAAGGAAAUAGUGAAGAAAUUGCGAAAAUGGUUUCAGUACAUCCUGGUGCUGCUACUACUAGCACAGCUACCACAAGUCAAAUCCGCAAACCAAGAAGAAAAUCUCUUGAACAUAAAAAGAAAGCAAACAAACCGCCAGUUAUAAAAGUUAUCCCAGCAGGACCUGGAGGUGAUCAUACAUAUGGUACAGCCGGGGCCACAGAGGAUGAAACAUUAUUACCUCCAGGAUGGAAAAAAAAGGUUGUUCAAAGAUUGGGAGGAAAAUCUAUUGGAAAAUUUGAUGUCUACGUCUACAGCCCUGAAGGUAAAAAAUUCCGAUCAAAGACAGAGAUUGGAGUGUUUUUAGAGGAGAAUCAUAUUUCUAAUAUAUCAUUAGAUGAUUUUGACUUUGGUAAGAUAAAGAAUAAAGAAAUGUUAUCAUUGGGACUGACAAAUUUUAGAUCAGUGAAACCCAUUGUUAAGAAAAUGACACCCAAACAUAAAGACAAAUCUAAGAGAAAAGAUGGUGUUUUAAGUCAACCAAAGAAAUCACCUCCCAAAAAAGUAAUGACCCCAGUGAAUCAGAAGCUAGUAGUCAAAAUGAUGUUUUCAACACCAAUAAAAACAAGUCCACAGAUAGGUCGCGGUCGACCACCUAAAAAGUCGACAAAAGUUGUCACCAAAAAAAGAAAACAACAAGAGAGUCCAAUAUACGUAAAAUCAAAGAAGAGAAAGAAAUCUGUUGAAACUGUGGAAAGUACAGAUGUAAAAAUAUUGAAGGAGGAUAAGGUGGAUUUAGAUGUUACUGAUGGAAUACAGAGUGGUAUUGAUGAGCCUGAUGACGUUGUGCAUGAAUAUGUUGAUACUGCAAUCAGUAACAAUUUGGAUUAUUCUGAUAUUGAUAUGGACGAACACACGGAUGCAUUGAAUAAUUCUGGAAAUGCAACUGUGUCUAGUAUUGAAGAUCCAAUAUCUGAUUCUGAAGUUUACAACAGUGCUAUAUCGCGAUUAGAGAGUGAUCAAGCUGAUAUUAAUGAUGAAAUAAAUGAUAGUGAUACAGACGCUAAUAAUUCUGUUUUGACAGCAUCAUCAGUUAUUGACCUGUCAGUUACAGAGGAAAUUGAAACGAAUGGUUCUAUUAACCAAUUAGAACCUGUCAUUAUACCAGCUGGUGUCAAACGAUCAAGAUCAAAAUCGUUUAAAGGUCAAGAUUAUGAACUUACUAAAAGACAACGCAGAAGUUCACAGGGUGACAGGUCAUCAAAUGAAGAAAGGUCUAAGAAAGAAAACAAGAAAAAAAAGACCCCCAAAAGGGAGAAGAAAGAACAGUCAAGUAUUGAUCAAUCAAAUAAAGAUCUGUUCACUAAAGAAAAAGUAAGUAAAGAUAAAUUGAAAAAAGAAACACCCAAGAAAGAAACGCCUAAAAAAGAUCUCUCAAAGAUUAGUCAGUCUGAUAUAGAACAUCUGAGUAAAGAAAAAAUAAGUAAAGGGGAGUUUAAAGAAGAGGUACCAAAAAUAGAGACAAAAAAGAUAGAACCAUCAAAGAAUAUUCAAGAUAAUAAAGAUCAGUUGUCGAAAGAAAAAAACAAAGUAAGAGUAAAAAAGGAAACACACACAAAAAACAACCCAAGGAAGGAAAAGCCACAAAAAGAUAAUGUGAAAAAGGGAACGCCACAGAAAGAUAAUGUGAAAAAGGAAACAUCACAAAAAGAUAAUGUUAAAAAGAAAACGCCACAAAAAGUUAAAGUGAGAAAAGAAUCCCCACAAAAAGAUAAAGUGAGAAAGGAAUCCCCACAAAAAGAUAAAGUGAGAAAGGAAUCCCCACAAAAAGAUAAAGUGAAAAAGGAAACCCCCAAAAAAGAACAAUCAAUUAAGAAUAAAAUUACUAAGAAUAAGCCAGUUGUUAAUAAAACAGUUAAAAAAACUCAAUCCAAAGAAAAAGAAAACAUUCAUACCAGUGAAGAUAGUGUAAAUAACAAUAACAAUGACUUUAAUUCUGAGGAAAAAGUGACAAAUUCAAAUUCUUGUGAAAGUGUGAACACAAGUAAAUAUUUCAAAACAGACGGUUCAUCUCCUCGCAUGCCUCCACCUAAUUUUCAUCGCGAUGUGAAGUGGACUCCACCCAAAUCUCCCCAUAAUCUAAUACAAGAAAGCUUAUUUCACGAUUCAUGGAAACUUUUGGUGGCCACCAUAUUCUUAAACCGAACAACUGGUAAAGCAGCAAUACCAUUAUUAUGGAAGUUUUUUAAUCGCUGGCCAACAGCAGCUACAGCUAGAGAUGCUGAUCCUGAAAAAAUAGCUAAAUUAAUGCAUCCCCUUGGUUUACAAGAUAAAAGAGCUGAAACUAUUAUUAAAUUUUCUGAUGAAUAUCUUAGUAAAGAUUGGCUUUAUCCACAAGAACUACAUGGUAUUGGUAAAUAUGGUAAUGACUCCUAUAGGAUAUUCUGUGUCAAUGAAUGGAAACAGGUGAAGCCAAAUGAUCAUAAGUUAAACGAAUAUCAUGAAUGGUUGUGGAAAAAUCAUGAAGAAUUAGGACUCAGCUGAUAAUGUGCAUGUUCUGUUGAAUUCAUACCAAACAUUAUAUUGUAGAUAAAUGUUAUAAUAGAAUGUUAUUUUGUUAGUCAUUAAAUCAUUUUCAUGCAACUAUUCUUUAAUUCUAAAGUGUCUGUACAGAUCAGAUAUUGCUGUAAGUGUAAUUGAAGUUUAUUCAGUAAAACUAGUUAUUUAAUUUCAUAUGAUUUGGCAACUUUUAAGUCCCUUUCCAGUUUGUUGGAGAUCUCUAUUAUCAUAAUGUUGUCAGAGAAAAAUUAGUAAUUGUUGUUCAAGAUGCAUUAUGUAAGAAUUAGAUAAAGAGCUGGCUGUUCUUGCUAUAAUUGUUAAAAGAUAGUUAAUGAAAAAUGAAUAUAUUAAGAAUUUCAGUCAAAGUAGAUUAUUCUGUGCGAAGUUAUGAGUAGCGUAGAUUGGUUAUUAUCUUUAAAUUCUUAGUUGGCCGCAGUUGUUGUAAUUUAUUUAAAAUCUGAGCCACCUGAUAGCCCAUAGUGUUGAUUAUGGGCUUGUCAUGUUAACACCAAAAAAUAAGACCUGCAAUAGGCAGAUUUAACUCUUACAUAAUGCAUCUUCAAUAGAUACAUGUUAUAGGCUUGUUUCCUUAUAUCCUGUUCCGUCAGCAUUGUUUUUCUAAUUUUGAAAACAAAUUAAUGUGUGAUAUUUUCAGUGUUCUAGGUUGUAAAUUUUAGUUUAUUUUUUAAGGUACUAUUAGAGCUGUUUCACUCUGAUCCAAAUGUACUUAAAAUAACAAAUCAAGCUACUUAGAUUAUCCGAUUUUUAAAUCUAGGUGACAAUACUUUAAUUCACUAUAUAGGGACCUGCUGUGACUCAGUGGAUAAGAGUAGGCUGUGGCAGCGCUUUCCAGGUGAAGUUUGCCCUCAUGACGUAUGCCCUUCUUCAUUAGCCAAUCCGAUGUCCAUUUUAUUUUGUUUUAUUACUGAUGACACCUGACAUAUUUCCAUUUAUGUUCAUGUUCAGCUCACAUGAUCUAACUUACCAAUCAACUUAUUGCAGGAGGCUGUGGGAUAUGGAUACCAAAGUGGACUAAAAUAGCAACCUCCAUGUAAACAAAUCAAACAUGGCACACCUGAUAAAAUCUUUAUUUGUACUUAUUUAAUCAAGCAAACAUUAAAGUUUGGUAAUUAAUUUAAAAAAUGUUUUUCCAAUGUCUCUCUGUUUGCCAAUUUAAUUACCUUGCAUGUGGUAUAUGCAGACUAUAGCUUAUAUAUGCAUUUGUUUGAUAGGUUAUGGCAUUAAUUUCAUGAGGAAAUCUAGUCAAUCUUACAGUGUUUGCAAUAAUUUUAUGAUGCAACAUUUUCAUGUUUGUUCUCUUGGAGGCCUCCUGUUUUAGUCUUUGAUUUCACAUUUUCAAAAUUAAAGAUACAUUAUGGAAGAUUAGAUAAAGAGCUGGCAGUUCUUACUAUAAAAAAAACUAGAUAAUGUAAAGUGAAUAAGAUACAUUAUGGAAGAUUAGAUAAAGAGCUGGCAGUUCUUACUAUAAUAGUUAAAAACUAGAUAAUGUAAAGUGAAUAUGCUGAAAAUUCCAGUCAAAUUGCUUCACUCUAAGCCGAGAAAACCUUAUUUUAAAAUCACUGUAGCCUCAAUUGUCAUUGUUACCUGUCACGAUAAUUAACAAAGUUUCAAUUAUCCUUUUUUCUGGUUAAUCAUCAACGGGCAUUAAACAGCAGAUUAGAUUCAAAUCCAAUGAAGAUCGGACACGUAAAAUGGCUUUGAGAGUUGAUUAUGGUAUUUUCAUGUUAAUAAAUAUCUAAUUAAUUAUAACAUUUCAGGCCUAAAGAAAGAUCUGCUAUAAGCAGAUUUAGCUCUUCCAUAAUAUAUGUUUAAAGGGGGGAAAAAUUGCAAAAUUAAAUGCAAAUUGUUCAAACAAUUGUUAAAAUGUUCACACAUCCAUAAAAAAUAAGUAAUAUUGUAGGAUAAGAUUAAUUAAAAGCAGGUUAUUUUGUUUGGCACAUUCUUUGAAAGAAAACCUAUUUGUUUAAACAAUUGCACACAGUUCAGUAAACUUAUUUGAAUAUUUCAACUACAACAAGAAGUGUGAGAUGUUAUUAUUUUAAUGCUAGGUCCCCACUGCGUUACGAUAGGAUUGUCCCUAUUGAGUCCACCAUCUGGCACGUGCAGAUACGUAUAUGAUAAUGAGAGCAUUUCCCUAAUGGACUGCACAUAAAUAAUAACCGUCAACAAUAUUUAAAAUUGAUAUGGGUAAUGCUUUGAUUUGAUUUGUGAAAUGGGUAUCUGUCUACAUUUAAAAUUUCUGGUCAACAGUCAAAGCCAGCAAAUGUUGAUUUUAUUUUACACUGUUGACAGUUUAAGCCAAAAAUGUAAUUAAAAUUAGUAAAUAAUACAACUUUGGUUUAAUGUUUUAAAAUGAAAAUUUAAUUGUAUAAAUUUUGACCCAUUACUACUCCUAAUAACCUUCAAAUCUACCCAAUUCAACACUUUACAUCUUGACUUAAAUUAAAGAGGUUUAUCUCAUUAAAUAUGGAAAAGGUAUAAAUGUUUUUAUACAGUGUUUAUGUUCAUUUGACUGAAAAAUGCUUUUGAUUUUCAAUGAUUUCUGAUAAUUACUUAAUUAUUGUUGUUUAUUUUGAAAGAAAAAAACGUGUGGAUGCACAAGAUGCUAAUGUUAUAUUCAUGAGAAUCAGAACCCUUUAAGGAUGAAGAUUAGCAUUUUCCACCAUUGAAUAUAGAGAUUAUUCCCUGUCAAUUUAUAGUAGUUUUUUUUUUUUUUUUUUUUUUUUCCAUCUUUGGAAUGGAUUUUUGGUCCAGAAUCAAAAAAAAAAGUGUUGGAAUUUUCUGUCAAUGAAAUUUAUACAUAUGUCUAUUGAUUUCCAAUAAUUGAACAGCUAAAUUUUUCAUCAGAUUACCUAUUUAUGUUUUGUAUUAGCCAAUCAAAUUUUAAUUAUUUUCUGAUGAUUUCUUAAUGGGUUGUUUGUUACUCUUGACAAGGCAUUCUCAAUAUAUUUGUAAUUAACUUUUAAAAGCAGUGGAGUUAAAAUAACAUAUAUUGUCACCUCACCCCACGUUUGGAAAUUUAAUUGGCCCUGAUGUAAUAUGUUAUAGAAAGAUAUUUCAUAUAGAAAAAAAUAAAUCCAGAUGGGAUGAUGGAACA